AGUCUCCAGUUGCACAAUCGCAAAUCACGACUAUUCUUACUUUGCUACAGAAAGUGCAGGACAAUUUUUCAGUUAUGUCUAAGCAACUUGACAACACCCAUAUCCCAACUUCCAGUAUUUCCAAUAUCACGGGCUUGUCACCAACAAUAAUUCAAGAGGCUGCAAUAGAAGAUGCAUUUGACAGUGCUACUACAAGGGAUAGCAAAGAGAUUGCCUCUGCUUUGGGUGAUGGACAUUCAAGCAUUGCAAAUAAUUUUGAGGUACAUCUUGACACUUUGAUCGAUACAAACUUCCUUUUAGUUGGGACAGAUUCGGUCAUGGGAGAUGAACAUUCAGGUCAUGCAGACCAGGUGUUUGAUGAAAGUUCUCACCAGAUUGAAGACUCUGUCCAUGAAUUUGACAUGGCAUUUGACUUGGUAGAGGAUAAUUCAAUGGGGUUGCAAAUGCCUUUGCAAGUAACUGAGGUGGUAAGUACACCUACUUGGUGCGUUGAAAUUGAUUAUCGUGGUGAUAUGCACUCUAGGAAAUCAAAUGUUGCGGAAGAUGAAUGUCUUGAAACUAAUACAGACAUAGUGUUUGGUGGAAGUCUCCAGCGAAACGAGUCCACCCUACAGGGCCAAUUCGCAAAUCUGAAGCUUGUAGUGACUGAAAAUUCUGUUUUCCAUGAGACUUUGAGUUCUAACUUUGAUGCACCAAUAAGAGUUGAUGGUGAGAUCUCCCUUAUCCCUCGUGAUGAUGAGGAUGAGAUUGCUGAGUCUUAUCCAAGCCUAUUCAAUCAGUCAUUUUUUGCCCAUUUUGGGGCUCUAGCAAUUGAGAGCAUGACAGAUGGCUUACCCACUUGUUAUUGGUUUGACACUGGGCAAUAUGUUUCUCAGUCCAUUACCUUCGUGUUCAGACGUAGGAAAUGUGGUGAUCAUUUAUCUGCAACGGACUUUGAUAAGAAUGAUUAUCUUCCUAUUAUUGGCGCUCAAGGUGGCAAUGUCCAAUUUUGUGCCAUUAUGUGCUCAAGUUGUUAUAGCAGUGGGGACGACUCAAAAACAGCUUGUGAAGGAGCAGGUCACAAUUGGUUGCUCGACGUGUUGGCGAGUUACGUCCUAGCUAAAGAAUCGGGCAAUUCAAAGGUGCACCAAAUGUUCGACACAAUAUCCAAUGAAGCUUGGAAGGAAAAAUUUAAUGAGGGAAUAAGACAUGCUGAAUGUUUCUUUUCUAUGGAUGCCGGAGUGAAUCUGUUCAUCGUUAAGGUUGGUGGAAUGGUGAAGGUUAAUUGUGUGUGGGAUCCGGGAAUCAGUUCCAAGACUAUGCACCAAAAUGGUCUUAUGGAGACCACCGAGGCACACCUAUUGCUCGAAUUUAUUGAUAUUACUUCUCGACUUCUUCAUUACUUUUUUGAUGCUCACUUGAAAGAGAGUACUCAAUCUAAAAAAAGGAGGAAGACGACAUUAAGGGGACUCUUGGUAUUUUCUUAUGUGUGGUUGAGUUUGUCACAAGAUAAGGGAUGGCAAGUUUUACUUGACAUAUAUACGUGCGUGGAAGCUAAGGAUAUGCCUAGUGAUAUUAAGCUUUGUGUUCUUACUCUUGUUUAUGCUGCGUUACUGGAGCCAAAGCAGGAGAGACCUGUUUAUAAUGGACAACCCCACAAUAAUGGCCAAUCUAUGUCAAUUGUCACAAUUCUUAUGGUACCUAUCAGUGUGCCUAAAACGACAAUUGUGUUGGUUUAUGGUCAAGAGUACAUUUUACCUCCUUGAUUAGUACAGAUUCACCCAAAUCUCAGAAAUAUGGCUUUCAACAUGCCUAUGUUCAGUGCAAAAACUUCAUCCCAAAUAGUGAGUUGUGAUUUGGUUUUAUUUGGGACUAAUUCAUUGUUUCAAGUAGUGCACAAAAUCACAAUAUCAAUGACGAAACCACUUGGUGCAUGGAUUGACAAAUAUUUAACUGUUGAAGUUAUAAUGCAGCAUCAAAAAGUGUCAACAGAUCAAUGUGCUUAUUGGUGUUUGAAAAUGAUAUAUAUUUCUCCUGAUGACAUCUCAUUUUGGGUUGAUACUCAUACUAGUGUGUGUCCAAUGAUUAAUCUAAAUUGCAUGUGUGGUUUUGAGUGCAUCUAUGUUGCAGGUAUUGUGACUUUUAAAUGGGUCAAGAUUGGUCAAUCUACUCAGCUACUGUUAUCUGAGGCAAUUGGUGAGGAGCAUGCUAUUUCCUUUGUUAUUGCCUUGAACCUUGAGGACAAGGUUCUUAUUGACGACGGGAGUAUUGUUAUGAACCAAAUCCAGCCCAAUGUAGAUACUAAUGUCAUACAAGUUGUUAUUGGGCUGACAAGAGCUAUUGGGCCGAGAACCAGCAAUAGGGCCAGGUUAAUUUGGAAUCCGGGUUGAGU